UUCCCAGUCACACGCUGCUAAGGCUCUCUGCAAGCAUUUUGUCUGUUGGAUUAUUAUAACUAUUAUUAGCACCAUCUGGUUUGGAGAAACUCUGCUGAUCAUCAUUACCAGGCUUGUGAAGCAACUUUCAUCUUCAAGUAGUGAGACACAAGAUGCGAGACGGCAUUCCAUGCCUAGGAUGCACAAACCCAUUACAGUGAAUAGCCAGAGAAUGAAAAUGUCCGUCUGCAGCGAGUUUGUAGAACACAUUUGGAAGCCGGGAUUCUGCAAGAAUUGUUUCCACCCUCGAAGUGACCACCAAAAGUCUCAGGCCUACUUUGAUGGGAAAGCCGGCAACUUGCCAGUCCUGCACAGUCUUAAUGGGAUUAGGAUCAAGCCCGAAAACGCACACCAGGACGAUGACUCUGUAAUUGCUGCUCUGUACACGAAGCCCACCAUAGCUGUGAAACCGACCAUGGUUACCUCAGAAAGUGCAGAGAUGUGGGCAGAGCUUAAUAGCACAGAAAGCCUCACUCAGGUCAGUUGGAAAAUGGCUUCAAUGAGCAAUUCAAUUCUAAAGCAAAGUGGCAUGUCAAAGGUUAUACUGGAUAACUUCAGCAAGCCAUUUAGUCACAAUUACAGCCCAACAAAUAACAGUACUUCAAAUUUUGUUUUCCCUGGGCUACAAAGCCCUGUCAAAAAGAUGGAGAUAAAUGAACUGCACAACCUGACAUAUGUGAGCCACUUUGGCGUCCAAGCGGACAAAGGCACUUUUAUCAAAGAAAAACUACCAGUUUCUUAUGAUGAAUCUAACCAUGUAGUGAAGCUUAAUAGUUAUGGGGAUACACAGAAAUUAAACUGCAUAAAGGAAGAUUCUGCUUUACUCUCCUUGAAGAACAGUAAUGGGGGCUCCUCUGGUAUAAAGUCUGAUCGACCAGGACCACGCGGAACUGCGACAUCAGUUGACAGCACAGCAUGUCAUAAUGGUGGUACAUCAAACCUAAAUAGCUCUAUUCAUUUAAAGGAAAGCCAUGUCAAAUGCAGUUCUAGAAGUUCAGAAUCUGGUUCUAGCAAUAACCUACAUUUAAGCAAGAUGAAAGUUUCGCUUCAUUGUGAGUCAGAUGGCAAGUCAGACAAUUUGUCAUGUAAUAGUAAAAAAGACAGCCCACUUGCAUCACCUAUUUCUGCAGCUUCCCAGACAUCAGACUUUCAUUCACCUACCAAGUACAGGAGCAGUUUGUCCAAAAACACCCAGCAGUUCACACACACACAAACGCAGCUUGAGGUGGAAGAAAACCACAGUGAGCCUAUAUAUGCAGAAAGCACUAAAAGAAAAGGAGUUUCAAGCAAAACUGCUGUAAAGACUGAAAUGCAUGUUGAAAAAAACACAAAACAAGACAAUGGCUGUGAGUCGAAGCUGGAAUCUUUGAACCAUAACAAAAUGUACCAAGAGUCUACAACCCACGUGGCAGCAAAAAUUACAGUAAUGGCUGCCCACACAGAAGAGGAUAAUAGGACAAUCUACUUAAGCAGUCCAGACUCUGCGGUGGGAGUUGAGUGGGUAUGCGGCAGUCCCUCAUCUUCUACGGAACGUGGAAGCCUGUCGCCAACUUUUCACUGGGGAGAAAAAAGGCAGGAAAUUAAGACCGAAGUUAGUAGAAAAUUUAAUUUAUCGCAAAAAAUUCAAGGUCAUUCUAGUUCUGUUGUACCUCUUAAGGGGCUCAAACCUGAGGAAUGUACAAAGCUAUCCUCUCCAACACGUUCUUCUGGAAAUAUAUGCACUGGUUCUCUCAAGAAAGAAUCUGAAUCAAAUGACCGGUCUCUUCCAUUUGUCUCUGGAGAGAGAAAACCAAAGUUCUACCAGUGGACUAGACAGUGCAGGAUUGACGAGGAGGAAGAGGAGGAAGUGGUGCCUACUCCGCUUCCAAGGACACAUUCUGUGGAUAGUGGGCACUUGGCUAAAUCCAGAACGGCUACUUGCAAUGAUGAUGAUAAAAGGACUAAGUUGGAAGAUCCCAAAACUAGGAAAGGAAUGAGUAAAUCUACCUCUUGUCCUGUAGAACUUGCUAAAGUUAAUUGUGAAAUAGAAGAUUCCAACAACCCUCCACCACCUCCACCUAAAAAACAACCAAGGCAAACUCACAAACUUAACAAGAGCAGCUCAGAUAUGGAAAACCUAAGCAUGGGCUCUGUCGAGAGCCUUGGAGAGUCAUUCAAAACCAUGAGUGUCAGUAACUCUAAUGUGAAUAUCAAUAUCAGCUUUAGCACUGGCUCCAUAGACAGCCUGGAUUCCAAGACGUGCAGUGAAGGAGGGAAGUCAUGUGAAGGAAUUAAUUCGCCUGUAGGGGAGAAAAGGGUUUUCCCGAAAGUUUCAAGUUCUAUGGAUUCUGGAGAUGAGUUGCAUCAGGGUUCAAAACAACCUCCACCACUACCUGUAAAGAAAUCUAUGAACAGAGCAUGUUCUGCACCAGACAACUCUUCAUGGUGCCGGGCAUUCCCAGGAAAAAAUACAGAUGUUUCAACUAAUCUGAGACUAAACCUUAGUAACUCGGAAAGUAAUGUCUUUGGGGAGGAAGCAACUCACUCUCGCUACCUUUUAAGUCCAGGGGAUAAACCAGCUAUGUUUUCAUCGUCCGAGUCCUUGGAGACAUGCUGCAGAGGUAGCGGGCACCGAAAUGAGAUCAGGAACUGUAUUCAGACUAGAUGUAACUUAUCUUCCUCACAGCUAAGUGUUUCCAGCCAUACCUCUUCCGGAUCAAGCCUUCAACUCCACCACCUGCUCAGCAACAUCGACAGCAAGGAAGGAACAUACGCCAAACUUAGCGGUCUUUACGCACAGUCCAUGAGGCGCUUAGUGAACAAAUGUGAGGACCACUUCAUGAAAGACCAGAAGAAGGAAAUGCACUUCAACGAGAACAACUGGUCACUGUUUAAGUUGACAAGCAACAAACCUUGCUGCAUUGCUGGGGAUGCUAUUUAUUAUUGUGCAACCUGUGCCCAAGACCCACUUAAUAAUUAUGCUGUAAAGAUGUGUAAGGCAGAGGACACAAAAGUUUCACCUUAUUGCAGUCUCUCACUUCCAGUUCAUUUUAACAUCCAGCAAGACUGUGGCCAUUUUUUGGCUACUGUGCCAUCAAGCAUGUUACAACCUUCAGACACGCCCAAAGACUCUUCUGCCAAUGACAUCUCACAGACUGUGGGCCCCUCCCCUGAGCAGGAGUGUGUGGUGGUGAUCACCCGGGAGGUUCCCUACCGAACUGCUGCCGACUUUGUCAGAGACUCUUCAUCUUUUCACAAAAGUCAUCCAGAUAUUUAUGAGCGACAGAUUUCUCUUCUUUUACUACAGCUCUGUAAUGGCUUAGAGCAUCUCAAGGAACAUGGCAUUAUUCACCGUGACCUUUGCUUAGAAAAUCUAUUGCUUGUCAACUGUCUAAUUUCUACUGAUAAAGUCAAAGAUGACAAAUAUGUGCCGAGACUUAUUGUGAGCAACUUCUCCAAAGCCAAGCAAAAGUCUGGAAGUGAAGACUCUAAGCCAAGAAGGGACAAGACCAGGUUAGCUCCUGAGAUCAUGGCUGCUUCCCAGUACAAAAAAUUUGAUGAGUUUCAAACAGGAAUUCUAAUUUAUGAACUUUUACACCUACCUAACCCAUUUGAGGUCCGCACCAGCCUUCAUGAGCAGGAGUACAGUCAAAAGGAUUUGCCUUCUCUUCCCCAUCUUUCUGUUUACUCACUUGGACUACAAAACCUGGCCCAUUUGCUAUUGGAGGCUGAUCCAAUCAAACGCAUCCGCAUUACUGAAGCUAAACGCAUACUUCAGUGCCUUCUCUGGGGUCCUAGGAAAGACUUAACAGAUCAGCCCUUCACCCAUGAGGAGGCGCUGCAUUGCGCUUUGCAAAAUUGGAUUGAUAUGAAGCGUGCCCUGCUAAUGAUGAAAUUUGCUGAGAAAGCAAUGGAGUCGGAGCAGAGCAUCUCACUGGAGGACUGGCUCUGCUGUCAAUAUUUGGCAUCUGCGGAUCCAUGCUACCUUUAUAAAACACUGAAACUUAUAAAGCUGGUAUGAUGUUUACAAUUGUAAAUACCGUUUGGGAACUUUUUAAUAAUUAAAAAAAUAAUAUAAAUGGUCUCUCUUUUUUAAUUGUAUUAUUAUUUACAGCAGUCAGGCCCUGUAUUAUUGUAGAUCAAUCAACUGCAGGGUCAGCAGACGGACCAACAAAAUCCUACAUAGUAUUAAGUUGUAAAGUAAAUAUCACUGUUCUGUCUUUACCAGCUUCUGGUCAGGGACCCUAUUAUUAUUUUUGUUUAAUAAUAUAAAUAAGGAUGGAAGAUACAGCUUAUCAGGGUCAUUAAGCGCAUCAGAUGUGCUCUCCACCCUAUAAGAGGACAUUUAUAGCUUCUGCUUUUUCUUCCAUUGGUCCAUAGAAAGAGGGGGGAAUCAUCUCAGUUUUUGCUAUACUAUAAAUAAAGCAGCCUGGUUUGCUGCAUUUAUUAUGUUUUUACAUUUUGUAGGUUUAAUAAAUAACUACUUUGAACAUAGCAUUAGGAUUGUUUUAUAGAUGUACAUAUGUUUGUAAAUAAAAAUAACUGUUUAACCCCCAUUCUCUGGGCCUCAGAUUCAUUGCAGUGCAAUGAAGGUUGAAAAAAUACAGUUUACAAAAACAAUUUAAGUACUUAACAAGACGUUAAAAGAAAAGGCUGUGGAUUACAAUUUUUACUUGUGUGUGAGUGUAUAUAUUGAUAUUUGUUCACAAUAAAACUGACAAAACAAUUAA